AUGAACGGAGAGUCGUAUGAACGCCGCGAUGAGCGGAUUCAAGAGCUAUGGCGCAACCUUGACACUCGAAAUGAGGGUCAGCUGGACCUGUCGGCCCUCAAGAAAGGCUUGCGCAAAAUCGACCAUCCUCUGAAAAACGCCGAUGCCCUGCUCACCGAUGUCCUCAAAGCAGUCGAUACGUCGGGUGAUGGACGCAUACAAUAUAACGAGUUCAGGGUGUUUGUGGAACAUGCUGAACGCGAACUCUGGCAACUUUUCGAAAGUAUAGAUAGAGAUCACAGUGGCGCGCUGGAUAAAGCAGAGCUUCGUGCCGCAUUUAGCAGAGCGGGCUUGACAAUAAGCAAUGCGAAGCUGGACCAGUUCUUUGACGAGGUGGAUGCCAACCAUGACGGGGAAAUUUCCUUUGAAGAAUGGAGAAACUUUCUCCUCUUCUUGCCUGCGAGCGCACCCACUCUCGGAUCCCUUAUAUCAUAUUACUCGGCGACAGCAAAUGUCAACCAAGAGGGUGAUGUCCACAUCAAUGACACCCUUCAAGGAUUUGGUAAGGACUAUUUGACCCCUUUACUCGGCAGCUACAUUCCAGCCGCGACUGAUCAUCGGACGACCUUGCCGCAGAAUUUUCGUUCAUCGUCUCUGACCUCAUUGACGAUGCUGACAGAAAUCCUCAUCCCACUAGGCUAUUUUAUAGCAGGUGGCUUAGCAGGCAUGAUCUCGCGAACGGCCACUGCACCACUCGACCGACUCAAAGUCUACCUAAUUGCACAAACAAAUCCCAAAAAGGCGGCGGUAGAAGCGGCCAAAAAAGGGGCACCCCUUGAGGUGAUUAAAAACUUUGCCCGGCCGUUGGUCGACGCAUGUAAGGCUCUGUGGCGAGCUGGGGGAAUGCGAAGCCUGUUCGCUGGGAACGGACUCAAUGUCGUCAAGGUCAUGCCGGAGUCUGCAAUCAAAUUUGGUGCAUACGAGGCGGCCAAGAAGAUGUUUGCGGAGCUCGAGGGUUCGGAUCCAAAGCACCUAUACCCGACGUCUCAGUUCUUAGCGGGCGGCAUCGGUGGUGCAGUUGCUCAAUGCGUGGUUUACCCUCUCGAUACUUUGAAAUUCCGCAUGCAAUGCGAGACGGUCGAGGGCGGCUUACAUGGAAACGCCUUGAUCGCUCAAACGGCGCGGAAAAUGUGGAAACAGGGCGGACUCAUGCCGUAUUAUCGAGGAUUGGGCAUGGGUCUGGCGGGUAUGUUCCCUUACAGCGCCAUUGACCUAUUCAUCUUUGAAAACUGCAAGCAUUUUGUCCUGGCACGGAAAGCCAAGAGGAACCGCUGCCACGAGGAGGAUGUCGACAUGAGCAACCUUCUCACAGGCAUUAUUGGAGCGACCUCGGGGGCAAUCAGCGCCACGGCUGUCUACCCCAUCAACCUAUUACGGACGAGGUUACAAGCCCAAGGCACAGUGUUGCACCCACCUACGUACAAGGGCAUUGUCGAUGUCACGAUCAGGACGGUCCAGGGAGAAGGAGUGAAAGGAUUGUUCAAAGGGGUGACGCCGAAUCUGUUGAAGGUAGCGCCGGCAGUCAGCAUCAGCUACAUUGUCUACGAGAACAGUAAGCACAUGAUGGGCCUGAGAUAG